CUUGACUCAAGAUGCUUUGCAAUGUCAUCAAAUUACCUUUGGGCAGCAAGGGCCGAUCAUAUGCAGUCGUACUGUAAAUAUUCCCUGCGUUAGGCGCGCCACUAGCGUGCAAGAGACUUGCCAUUGGAUGCACAAUGCAUCCAGUGCCAUUGUAUUUCGACGGAAUCUCACGGUCCAUGUCUUCCUGUUGUCCUACAUAAGCGCUUUGUUUUCACGCUGGCGCUUUGGAAAUGAUGCCAAGCUGACCAAGCACGGUUUAUGUGGAGCAUGCCACAGAGAAGAAGAGUAUGAGGGAUACCUUCAAGACAUGGCAUGGAGCUGAGUUUGCCUACGGCUAAAUGGGGGCCUGCCGUGUUUUGAGUCGGCAUGAUGUUUGUUUUACUGCUCUUGCCAGCUUUGAAGCCGCCAUGUCGAGACAUGCGGGUUGAAUGCGCAUGUGUGCCUUGCGCUCCUCGUGUGGUGGAUCACCUCGGCUGCCCACGACUAUGGGCGGCUUUGGGUUUCUGGCGCACGCUUCAGGACCACACCGGGAGUCGUGCAUCCCUGGUGACGCCAAGAGCCAGGAAGGUAUUCGAAGACGGUGAUUUGUCUAGGUUCAGCAUGGAGCAGCUUGUCUCCGUGGAGAAGCCAUGGCGAGUCUUGCUGGGCUUCAUCAUCUCCCAGAAAAACCGCAGGGCACUAGUCCGCGCUCCGCCCAGUUCGGGCAAAAGCUUCCUGGGCCAGCUGGCCGCGCAGUGAGGUCAAGUGCCUGAGGGUUGGGAUGUGGAGGUUCGCUAUUGUCCGAACGUGUCCAGCAACAAGUUGCUCAAGCGGCAUGGGUUUGAAAGCAUCGCUGAAAUGGCUGAGGACUCUUGGAGCUCAAGAAAGGAGGGCAACAGAACUGUGGUUUACUUCUUCGACGAGGCCCGCAACACUGGAUGCUUUUGUCAACAGCAGAGAUGAGAGCGGCUGCGCAGUUUUUGCCACAGCAGGCAGAGCAAGAAGUCUGAGCACCCUAAGGGAGCUGGCUGACAGGACGUUCUUCUACAAAUCUCCAGCAAACCAUACACAUUUGCAGAUCUGGUUGCAGGGGCGCUUUUGUGGCAUUGGUGUGACAACCUUCCUGGCGACGCAAGUCGAAAAGUCGAAGCACGACAAUCUCAAGGACGUCCGCGAUGCUUUGGACAGGACCUUGAAUGAUGCAGUGGGCUUACGCAACCCAACAAGCCAGGCUCGUUUCCAUGCAAAGAUCUUUUAUACCGAAUCUCCCUGGGACAAUCUUCUUACAAUUGGACAAAGAUGG